AUGGCUUGUGAAUGUUUUUCUUCAGUUUUUUUCAUUGAUGGUGAUUUGUUGUUGCUUCCUUGGAGUGAAGCUCCUUACAAGGAUGCUGCAGAGAAAACUGCGUUGGGAGGGCUCUCACUUAAUGGGUUUUUGUCAGAGUGGACCCUCAUGACACUUCUAGAUCCGAUUCAUAGUGUGGAGAACCUGAUAUACAUUGGAUAUGCUGGAGAUCCUUCUUCUGCCAUCCGUGUCACUCGGAGAAGACGUUUGGAUCGCAAAAAGAGACAAUCUGAUAGAAAUGUUUUCCACUGUUUUGUUUUUGGGCCAAAGGAGGCUGGAAAAUCUGCAUUAUUGAAUUCUUUUAUUGGAAGGCCUUUCUCUGAUGUCUAUGAUUCAACCACAGAAGAUCGUUACACAGUUAAUGUUGUAGAUCAACCUGGGGUAAGUGCUUUGUGGACCUUAAUAACUUGGUAG